CUUUCACAAACUCUCAAUCUCACAUCCUUAAAAACUCUUCAAGUUUCUUAAAAGUUUUUUGACAAUGGAGAAGAUACUUGACGGAAGAACUAAUGCUGCACUCAAGAAGACAAAGAUCGUGUGUACUCUCGGACCAGAGUCCAGGUCCGUUGAGAUGAUUGAGAAGCUCCUCAAAGCUGGUAUGAACGUAGCCCGUUUCAACUUCUCUCAUGGUACUCACGAGUACCACCAAGGAACUCUCGAUAACCUCAGAAUCGCCAUGAAGAACACUGGUAUACUAUGUGCCGUCAUGCUUGACACAAAGGGUCCUGAGAUUCGAACCGGAUUUCUCAAAGAAGGCAAGGUUCAGCUGACUCAAGGUCAAGAAAUCACGAUCUCAACUGAUUACACAUUGAAAGGAGAUUCAAACACAAUCUCCAUGAGCUACAAGAAACUCGCAGAGGAUCUCAAGCCAGAGGGCGUGAUUCUCUGUUCGGACGGUACAAUCUCUCUGACCGUCUUGUCUUGCGACAAGGCCAACGGUCUUGUCCGUUGUCAAUGCGGGAACUCAGCAACCCUCGGAGAAAAAAAGAACGUUAACCUCCCAGGAGUCGUAGUCGAUCUCCCAACUCUCACAGAGAAGGAUCAAGAAGAUAUCCUCAAGUGGGGAGUUCCUAACAAGAUCGACAUCAUCGCUCUCUCCUUUGUUCGUAAAGGAUCCGAUCUUGACCUAGUCAGAGAGUUGCUUGGGGAAGAAGCAAAGAGAAUCGUGCUCAUGUCAAAGGUUGAGAACCAAGAAGGAGUGAGAAACUUCGACGAGAUUUUAAAGAAGUCUGAUGCGUUCAUGGUGGCUAGAGGAGACUUGGGGAUGGAGAUUCCGAUCGAGAGGAUCUUCCAAGCUCAGAAGAUGAUGAUAUCGAGAGCUAACGCUGUCGGAAAACCGGUCGUGACCGCCACGCAGAUGCUCGAGUCUAUGACGAAGUCUCCUCUUCCGACAAGAGCCGAAGCGACAGACGUGGCCAACGCCGUCCUGGACGGCACGGACUGCGUCAUGCUCAGCGGAGAAACCGCAGCCGGGGACCACCCCGAAGCCGCCGUGAAGAUCAUGGCGAGAAUCUGUAAAGUGGCAGAGGACACCAUCGACUACGAAGCCGUGCACAAGAGGAUCCAAGAAGCUGUUCCCUUGCCGUUGUCUCCUGUCGAGGACUUGGCAGCUUCCGCUGUCUCCAAGGCGAAGAUUCACAACGCCAAGGCGAUUGUGGUGUUGACAAAGGGAGGCUACACGGCGGCGCUUGUGGCCAAGUACAGGCCUAGCGUUCCGAUUCUGUCGGUGGCUGUGGCGGAUGAUGAUUGUGAGGAGCCGAGGUGCUCUGUUUCGGUGGCGAAACGUGGUUUGAUUUACCGUGGGAUCGUUCCGGUGGUUGCGACUGGUGAGUCAACGGAGGAGAGGACGAGAUUCGCGAUGGAGUUGGCGAAGGAGAAGGGGAUCUGUAAGAGUGGAGACUCGGUUGUCUUGUUGCACUACACUGAUGGUUCCUCUCUUCUUACGAUACUGCAUGUCGAGUAGACUUGUGUGCUUAAUUUUGAGUUUUCAAAUUUUUGCGGGGUUAUUUUAAAGUUUUCUUUGACAAUUUUAAUAUUUUAAUC